CUUGCUGAAGUCUACUAUCUCAAAGGCGAGGAAGACUAGAGGAAGAAAGGGGCAGGCGGAAUCACAGUCGGGAAAGAUGCCGGUGAUGGAAAAGCUGAAGAUGUUUAUAGUCCAAGAGCCUGUUGUUGCUGCUUCUUGCAUUAUCGGUGGCAUCGGGCUCUUCCUUCCAGCUGUGGUGAGACCUAUACUCGACUCUUUGGAAACAUCAAAGCAAGUGCCUCCACCUGCUUUAAGUGAUGUCGUUGCUGGUGUCACAGGGAAGAAACAGGGUUGAGAUGAGCGUAAUGGCUCAUUAACUUCACACAUUCUGUUUUCUGGAAUAUCUAUCUUCUAUGUUUCUACUUGAGGUUUGCGCUGCAUCACAUUCUGAAUGUUCAACAGAUAUUCAUUACAUGUCAUGUGAAACUUGAUAUGACUUGAUUAAUGUCAACACUGCCUGCAAGUUUUCGAUAUAUCAAAGGCUUAAUAAUUCUGUUUUUUA